AAGGCCUCGGAGCCCGAUCAGGAGUGGGAACCUGGGCUGUGAGUGCAGGCUACAAGUCCUAGACCCUAGACCGGGUGCACUCUCGGCGGGAGGUGGCACAUUAGUGCCAAGUGCCAGCGGCCACCGCGGCUGGACUAUGGCGCCCCCGCGGAAUGUGGUGAAGAUUGCUGUUCAGAUGUCUGACGCCAUCCCACAGCUUAUCCAGCUAGACCAGGCAAAGCCCCUGGCCACUGUACUGAAGGAGGUGUGUGACGCGUGGAGCCUGACUCAUCCGGAGCACUAUGCCCUGCAGUUUGCUGAUGGGCACAGGAAAUACAUCACAGAGAAUAACCGCUUGGAGAUCAAGAAUGGAAGCAUCCUGUGUCUCAGCACUGCCCCAGAUCUGAAGGCCCAGCAGCUACUGGGUAGACUGCAGAAUACAAGUCGUGAAGGGUGCUGUGAAGUCCUGAGAAACCUGGUCCUGCUGGCCUCAGACAUGACCUUUGCCCAGGAGGUCAUCAGUCGUGAUGGGCUUCAGAAACUAAGCACCAUCAUUGAAAAUGGGGAUGACCUAGGGGAGAUGCUGGCCCUUGGUCUAAGGGCUUUCUUGGAGCUCAUGGAACACGGUGUAGUGUCCUGGGAGACACUCAGCAUCUCCUUUGUCAGGAAGGUGAUAUCUUAUGUGAACAUGAACCUGAUGGAUGCCUCUGUCCAGCCCCUGGCUCUGAGACUGCUGGAGAGUGUGACCUUGAGCAGUCCUGCCCUGGGCCAGCUGGUGAAGAGUGAGGUGCCACUGGAUAGGCUGCUGGUGCACCUGCAAGUAAUGAACCACCAGCUGCAAACCAAGGCCAUGGCUCUGUUGACGGCCCUGCUGCAGGGAGCCAGCCCCACUGAACGCAAGGAAAUGCUUGACCACCUAUGGAAGAAGAAUCUUCGCCAGUUCAUCUACAAGGUAGGAUGGACCAGGCCAAGGAGACCCUCUCCCCAGUCUUCCUUCCCCUGGGAGUCUCACCCAAGCCUUGUUGUCUUCCAGAACAUCAUCCACAGUGCAACACCCAUGGGUGACGAGAUGGCUCAUCACUUGUAUGUGCUGCAGGCUCUUACCCUAGGGCUGCUGGAGCCACGGAUGCGGACACCACUUGAUCCCUACAGCCAGGAACAGCGGGACCAGCUGCAGGCUCUGCGCCAGGCAGCCUUUGAACCAGAGGGGGAGUCCUUGGGCACAGGGCUCAGUGCAGACCGCCGCCGGUCUCUCUGUGUCCGAGAGUUCCGCAAGUUAGGCUUCUCUAACAGCAACCCAGCCCAGGACCUGGAGCGUGUGCCCCCCGGCCUGCUGGCCCUGGACAAUAUGCUCUACUUCUCCAGACAUGCACCAAGUGCAUACAGUCGGUUUGUGUUGGAGAACAGUAGCCGAGAGGACAAGCAUGAAUGCCCCUUUGCCCGGAGCAGCAUCCAGCUGACAGCGUUGCUGUGUGAGCUGCUCCGUGUUGGGGAGCCUUGCUCCGAGACAGCCCAGGACUUCUCGCCCAUGUUCUUCAGCCAAGACCACAGUUUCCAUGAGCUCUUCUGUGUGGCUAUCCAGCUACUGAAUAAGACCUGGAAGGAGAUGCGGGCAACACAGGAAGAUUUUGACAAGGUGAUGCAAGUGGUUCGGGAGCAGCUGGCCCGUACCCUGGCUCUGAAGCCCACCUCCCUGGAGCUCUUUCGAACCAAAGUGAAUGCCCUCACCUAUGGGGAAGUGUUGAGGCUGCGGCAGACAGAGCGGCUGCACCAGGAGGGCACGCUGGCCCCUCCUAUACUGGAAUUGCGAGAGAAACUGAAGCCAGAGCUCAUGGGCUUAAUCCGCCAGCAGCGUUUGCUCCGACUCUGUGAAGGAAUGCUCUUCCGCAAGAUCAGCAGCCGGAGACGACAGGACAAGCUAUGGUUUUGCUGUUUAUCCCCCAACCACAAAGUACUGCAGUAUGGGGAUGUGGAGGAGGGUGCCAAGCCCCCUACCCUAGAAAGCCUACCUGAACAGCUCCCUGUGGCAGACAUCAGGGCACUCCUAAUGGGCAAGGACUGCCCCCAUGUCCGGGAGAAGGGCUCUGGGAAGCAGAACAAGGACCUGUAUGAGCUGGCUUUCUCCAUCAGCUAUGACCACGGGGAGGAAGAAGCAUACCUCAACUUCAUUGCCCCCUCCAAACGGGAUUUCUACCUGUGGACAGACGGGCUAAGUGCCCUGCUGGGCAGUACCAUGGGCAGUGAGCUGACUCGGCUAGACCUGGAGCAGCUGCUCACUAUGGAGACCAAGUUGCGGUUGUUGGAACUGGAGAACGUGCCCAUUCCUGAGCAGCCUCCCCCAGUACCCCCACCCCCUACCAACUUUAACUUCUGCUAUGACUACAGCAUCACUGAGCCGUGACUCAAGUUAGGCCACAGUUGAUACUGCUAUAGCAGCCACGAAAUCACAGACAACCUGACUAGGAGAGCCUCUAACAGAAAUAAAGUUAGCCUGGCUUAUAGGUAUGUGUUAAAUCA